UGGGCGUUGCGGCCGCCAUUCGCGGUGUGGCCGGUCCGGGGCCGGCGGCGGGGGGUCCCCGCCAUGGCCCACUUCGAGACGCAGUACCAGCGCCUGGAGAGCUCCUCCACCGAGUCACCCCCCGGCGGCGGCGACCUGCUCGUCCACGUCCCCGAGGGCGCCAAGUCUCCCUGGCACCACAUCGAGAACCUGGACCUCUUCUUCUCUCGCGUCUAUAACCUGCAUCAGAAGAAUGGCUUCACCUGCAUGCUCAUUGGAGAGAUCUUUGAGCUCAUGCAGUUCAUCUUUGUGGUGGCAUUCACCACCUUUCUUAUCAGCUGUGUUGAUUACGACAUCCUUUUUGCCAACAAAGCGGUAAAUCACAGCCAACAUCCCAGUGAGCCCAUUAAGGUGACUCUGCCAGAUGCCUUUCUGCCUCCAAAUGUCUGCAGUGCAAGAAUCCAGGCAAACAGCUUCCUCAUCUGCAUCCUGGUGAUAGCUGGGGUUUUCUGGAUCCACCGGCUUGUCAAAUUUAUCUACAACAUUUGCUGCUACUGGGAGAUUCACUCUUUCUACAUCAAUGCCCUCAAAAUCCCCAUGUCCACCCUGCCAUACUAUACCUGGCAGGAGGUGCAGGCCCGCAUCGUGCAGAUCCAGAAGGAGCACCAGAUCUGCAUCCACAAGAAGGAGCUGACGGAGCUGGACAUCUACCACCGCAUCCUCCGCUUCAAGAACUACAUGGUGGCCAUGGUGAACAAGUCGCUGCUGCCCAUCCGCUUCCGCCUGCCCCUGCUGGGAGACACUGUUUUCUACACGCGUGGGCUCAAGUACAACUUUGAGCUCAUCUUCUUCUGGGGACCCGGCUCCCUUUUUGAGAAUGAGUGGAGCCUGAAGGCUGAGUACAAGCGGGCUGGGAACCGCCUGGAGUUGGCUGAGAAGCUCAGCACUCGUAUCCUCUGGAUUGGUAUUGCUAACUUCCUCCUCUGCCCCCUCAUCCUCAUCUGGCAGAUCCUCUACGCCUUCUUCAGCUAUACAGAAAUCCUGAAGCGGGAGCCGGGCAGCCUGGGUGCCCGCUGCUGGUCUCUCUAUGGCCGCUGUUACCUCCGUCACUUCAACGAGCUGGACCAUGAACUGCACUCACGCCUCAGCAAGGGGUACAAGCCAGCUUCCAAGUACAUGAACUGCUUUAUCUCCCCACUCCUCACCAUCGUGGCCAAGAACGUGGCCUUCUUUGCUGGCUCCAUCCUGGCUGUGCUCAUUGCUCUCACCAUCUACGAUGAGGACGUGCUGGCAGUUGAGCAUGUCCUGACCACUGUCACCCUGCUCGGGGUGGGCAUCACGGUGUGCAGGUCUUUUAUCCCUGACCAGCACCUGGUGUUUUGCCCAGAGCAGCUGCUGCGAGUCAUCCUGGCACACAUCCACUACAUGCCUGACCACUGGCAGGGCAAUGCCCACCGCUAUGAGACCAGGGAUGAGUUUGCCCAGCUCUUCCAGUACAAAGCGGUCUUCAUCCUGGAGGAGCUCCUGAGUCCCAUCAUUACCCCCCUGAUCCUCAUUGUCUGCCUGCGGCCCAAGUCCUUGGACAUCGUUGACUUCUUCCGCAACUUCACUGUGGAGGUGGUGGGUGUGGGCGACACCUGCUCCUUCGCCCAGAUGGAUGUGCGCCAGCAUGGCCACCCAGCGUGGAUGUCAGCAGGAAAGACGGAGGCCUCCAUUUACCAGCAGGCCGAGGACGGCAAGACAGAGCUGUCCCUCAUGCACUUUGCCAUCACCAACCCCAAGUGGCAGCCGCCUCGGGAGAGCACGGCCUUCAUUGGCUUCCUGAAGGAGCGGGUGCACCGGGACAGCAGCGUGGCGCUGGCUCAGCAGGCUGUGCUCCCUGAAAACGCCCUCUUCAGCUCCAUCCAGUCCCUGCAGUCAGAGUCAGAGCCUCACAGCCUGAUUGCCAAUGUGAUAGCAGGCUCCUCGGCACUGGGCUUCCACAUGGGCCGGGAUGGACAGGCCUCCCGCCAUCUCUCCGAAGUGGCCUCGGCUCUGCGUUCUUUCUCCCCGCUCCAGUCUGCCCAGCAGCCUCCCAGUGGCUUCCAGAUGGCAGCAAGGGAUGGAGAGGGAGCCCAGCCUCGUGGUGCCAGUGCCAUGACAGCCUCUGGUGCCGACGCAAGGACCGUGAGCUCAGGGAGCAGCGCCUGGGAGGGUCAGCUACAGAGCAUGAUCCUAUCAGAGUACGCUUCCACUGAGAUGAGUCUCCAUGCACUCUACAUGCACGAGUUGCACAAGCAGCAUGCCCAGCUGGAGCCUGAGAGGCACACUUGGCACAGGCGAGAGAGUGAUGAGAGUGGGGAGAGUGCUCAUGAGGAGCUGGACGCUCAGCGGGGUGCCCCUGUCCCCAUCCCUCGCUCUGCCAGCUACCCCUUCUCCUCACCGCGGCAGCCUGCUGAGGAGACGGCCACGCUGCAGACUGGCUUCCAGCGGCGAUAUGGUGGCAUCACAGACCCGGGCACAGUACACAGAGCCCCAUCACACUUUUCCCGCCUCCCUCUGGGAGGCUGGGCUGAAGACGGGCAGUCAGCGAGACAUCCAGAGCCUGUGCCAGAGGAGAGCUCAGAGGAUGAGCUUCCACCACAGAUCCACAAGGUAUAGCCUUGUAGACUGGGGAUCUCAUGGGGGUUGCAGACUGGGAGCUGCCUGGGCAGCAGAUUGUGGCAUCAGCCUGAUUAUUCUCCCGUCCCGAGUGGACAGGAUAGUCCCGGGCUCCAUUUUGUUGCCAUCAAUUGCCGAAGAGACAAAACUUCCAGGCUGGCAGCUUUGCGGUGGCACUUUUGUGUCCAGCCGUGUGUCAAGUCAACACCACUCUGACUCGUGGGGUGAAUGCGUGUGUGAGUACAUACAUGUGUCUGUUCACAUCUGUGUUGUCUGUGUUGGAGGAUCACUGCAGAGCCUGCGAAAGGUGACAUGACAGGACUAGCAGUGGGGAGCUGUGGACUGACUCGGAUGUGGCAGCAGGAGCUGCUCUUUGAAGGGAUGUGAGACGGCACCAGCUCCAGAUGUCUGCCCAGAGCUGGGACCUGCCUCCGACGUGAAGGCAGGAGCUGCUGUGGGAGCUCUAGCUCAGCCUGUAGCACCACACCUGCCCUGCCUGUGGCCCUGGGGAGGUACCCAGGGCCACGUUCACCCUCCUGGAGAGUACCAACGUUGUGCUCUUCAGCCCAGAGCAGGACAGCAGUGGGGCAGUCACCCACCCCUCUGCCCUAGCUGCUGCUGGCAAGGGUAGGGGUGGGAUCUGGAGCUGGUGGGAACAGCUCUGGCCAGGAUCCAGGGAUGCUGCAGCUCCCUAACUCCCAUGACAGCUGAUCUGUUCCCUGCAUGUGAGGAAGGGUCAGUGGGGUCCCUGAUGUCCCUCCCAGCUGGCAGUCUUUGUGCCAUACCUCUGGGCUAGGGCAGCAUCAUCCCUGCUGUGCAGCACCUGUGGGAUACGGGCUGCUAGCAGGGUCUCUUUGGCACUGCAAGAGGGCCCAGGGUGGGGCAGCUGGCAUCUCCCGGGAGUGCUUGCAGACCCACUUGGAGCCCACCCUGAAGAUCUUGUGCUCUGUGUGUUGGUUCCCUUCCCCGGGGGGUGAUAAAUGCCUUUUUCCCCAUGCCCAGGCUGUGGUGCAUUGGGUCUGUCUUCCUGAUGUGGCUGUUUCUGCAGUAUUGGGCCUUUCCUCUUCCCCAAGCAAAGGCUUUGUUGCAUCUCACAUAUCACCCAGGGGCUCACAGCUCCUCCUUCCCUCCUGAAACCACCUGCUUGCAACAUGCCUUCAGCUGCUGGGGAGACCAUAUACCAAGCAGCUGGCUCGUACCUGGGGGGGCAAGGAGGGGUGCCCUGAACCCAGAAGCAAGAGGCAGACCCCAGCCCAGCCCUGGGGUGGUGGCGGGGGUAGAUCAGGAUUCUGCCUGUGCAGCGUGGCCUCGGGCAAGACCUUCCCACCAUCGUUCUGGUUUCCCUCUCCUCUCUUCCAGUGGCAGCUUGUGAGGAUCUGCACCCCUGCUAACGUCUGUCAGUCUUCACUUUCCCCUCCCUUCCUCCCCUUGUUUCUGGUAGGGGCUGCUUGCUUUUGCCAUGCCCUCUGCCAGCAGCACAGGCCCUCUGCCAUCCCUGGAGCCCGGGGCUGCCUCUUUUCCCCUGCCUGGGUUGUCAUCCGCUGCCCUUUGAGCCCGGGCUGGGCACAUGCUGGUGAGCCGGCUGCUCCCAGCGCAGCAGGGGUGCGCACGCAGAUAGCCAGGGUGUGAGCAGGGCCUGGGUGCCCGUGUAGGGGUGGGCCCUUUAGGGAUGGUGGGUUCCCUGCUGUGAUGGGGUGGGACAGAGCGGAGCUGUGAGUGCUGUGGGUCUGUAAGAGACCAAAUGGAGCAUGCUAAAGCAGAGCUCAAGCUGGGGUCAGGUCUGAGCUGGGCAGGAGCUCUACAGACCUGGGUGCUGCUGGGGUCCUCCCACAGAGGAGCAGCUGCAACGACCUAAGAGCAGCUCCAGCUUGGGGUUGUCAGGGCACGGUGAAGGGAAACUGAAAGGACGUUUCCUGGGAACCCAAGCUUUCCUGGGGCAUCCCCUGGCACCUGGGCUGCUGCCCUGCAUAGAGGUGAGCCUCCCCGGGGACUACGGGAGGCUGCGCCUGGCCUUCCUGGCAGGCUUGUCGCUGAUCCCUAAACUCAGGGGCUGAAAGCUGGCGGUGCUCUGGGGCAGGGGGAAAGUGUGGGCCUAUCCCUGGGCUGGCAGAAGGGACAGGCUGGGCGGGGAGCAGGCCGGAGUCCUCGCUGCAUGUUGUGCUUGUGUCGUCGGUGUCCCAUGUGCAUGGCAAGCCACUCUUCAUCGUGGGGUCCCCGGGGAGCGUGGUGUUGCCCGUCGCUGUACAGCUGUAUAGCCGUCUAAUAAAGAUGGGCUGUAUCAUC